GUCCGCGCGUACACUGCACCGUACAUAUAGCCGAGCGGCCGAUCGAUGGCGGCGCCGGCAUCAUCGUCGACGGCUGCCGCGGCUUCGGCCGCCAGAUCCGUCUGCGUCGUCGUGCUGCUGCUGCUGGUGGUGCCGGCAGCGCUCCUGCCGGCGGCGGCGCCCGACGUCGCCGUGCGGGCGGUGGCGGCGCAGGCGCCGGAGCCCGAGGGCGAUCAGCAGGCCGCCGCGGCGACGAUAGACGCGGCCGGCGGUGGCGGCGGCGGCAGCAACGGCACCCGCGCGAGAGGCGACCGUGACCGCGACCGCGGCGGCGGGCGGAGCAAGCUGGCGAGCAGCAUCGACUGCCAGAUCUGCGAGGCGACGUGCCGGGUGAAGUGCCUGAUCAACAACCUCUUCCAGUGGGGCGGCUGCUACCAGCGCUGCAAGGCCGACAACUGCAACGACUGGUGCUCCGGCAGGUAGCCGUUGCAUGCGCGCCCCGAUCGUCCAUCCGUCGCAGCAUCCAACGGCCUGCGGUCGUUUGGGCCUCGAUCUAACGGUUGUGGAUCGACCUACCAGCAGCUGUCGCAGCAGUACUGUUUUUUUUUUCCUUGUGGAACCGUUAAUCCAAAAAUUAAUCGUCCCAGGCAACUUAAUCAAGCAUACUGUAAAAAAGAUUAAAAUUUUGCAAUCCAACUAUAUUUACGUGUAGCGAAGUUGUCACGUUUUAAUUGGUGUAACUGGAUUGAUCCACAAACCUAAUUAUAGAUAAAUUAAGUGGGUAAACCACUCUAUAAACGGAUUCGCGGACCGGUCCACUUGCACCCAUAUAUUACCCUUUUAGCAAUAUUUAAAUAUAGAGUAUCACGUACACUUUGACACAAUAACUAGCUCGCAUUUUAAAUCCGUGGCACUGUAUAUUGACUAUAAAUACGAAGAGAUUAUUAUUUAAAU